GGCCGUUCAAGGUCGUUGAAACAAAAGGGCGGGAAGAUUCGAACGGCUCUAACGUGCCAUCGUACCUGGUUACAGUCUAUUAUUCUAUAUUGCAAAUCCCAUUCCCAGUAAUAGUCCCAUUCUUCAACUGCUUGAACAAUUCUGGCUUAUCCAUUUGGGGGCUCAGUUCCCGGUUCAAUGCAGCAUGACUCUACAGACUACAUUAAAGCAUUUAAAUAAACUUCAUCGAUAGAUCAGACAAGAUGUUACGUAGUUUCUCGCGAUUUGGAUCUGAUAAAUGUACUCGCUUUCUCUACACGUCUUGUUAUGUUAAUACACCUAAAAUUCAACCAAGCAAAUCCUCACAGUUACUGAAGUCAUAUUUUGAACUUGGACGAUUCGCUAGACCAACAGGCACGUGGCUGUUAUACCUUCCUUGCACGUGGAGCAUUGCUCUAGCUGCACCACCGGGUCACUUACCCGACAUUUAUAUGCUAACCCUAUUUGGCGUUGGCUCCAUUUUGAUGCGAAGUGCCGGUUGUACAAUAAAUGAUAUGUGGGAUAAAAAAUACGACAUGCUUGUCAAACGCACAAAGGAUCGUCCACUAGCUUCGGGUUCACUAACCUUUCCCCAGGCUUUAUUGUUUCUUGGUGCUCAGCUAGCGACUUCGCUUGUAAUAUUAUUGCAAUUGAACUGUGUAUUUCUUGGUAUCCUGUCAUUGGUUCCUGUCAUCACGUAUCCUCUGUUUAAACGUAUUACUUACUGGCCGCAGCUUGUACUUGGUCUUACAUUCAACUGGGGUGCUUUGCUGGGUUAUUCUGCUGUCACAGGUUCUGUUGACCCUCUGAUUUCAAUUCCUCUCUAUUUUGGUGGCUUCAAUUGGACAAUUAUAUACGACACAAUCUAUGCACAUCAGGAUAUCGACGAUGACAUCCGUAUAGGCGUAAAAUCAACUGCAAUUUUGUUUGGAGAAAAGACGAAAUUAUAUUUGGGCGCUUUUCACAUGGGAAUGACAGCGUGUCUCCUCACUGUUGGAAUUAACGCAAAUGCUGGUUGUCUAUAUUACCUUGGGACCUUCCUUACAAUGUUUCAUAUUGCUCAUUUAAUAAGGAAGACGGACCUAAAGAAUCCCAAUUCUUGUUGGCAGACCUUUAAAGAUAGUAAAAAAACUGGCCUUUUGUAUUUUCUUACCAUUGUACUGGACAAAAUAUCACUAUAAGCUUAUUGUUCCUCUAAAUAAUAAAAUUAACCUUUUGUAAAUAUUUCAGGGUUUUCAGCUGGCUGUUAUACAUUGGUUUCCAUUCUCAAUAAAAUCUAUUACUUUUAAAAUUA